AUGGGGCGGCGUCGGUCCAAGUGGAAGGACAAUAAACGGCUUGAUUGUGAUAGUCAGUUACUGCAUUAUGCCAAAAUGGGUGAUUGUAAAGCAUUAACAGCAGCUCUGGAGGGUAUUGCGGAUCACAAACGCAGCGAAUACCUGCAACUUAAUCAAGACCACAAUCGCGCAACGGCACUGCAUCUUGCAGCCAGUGAAGGUCAUUGUGAGAUGGUACAGAUGCUGUUACAACUUGGAGCUGGAGAGUUUCACUUGGCUGGAGGACGCAAGAAAUAUGCACGUACACCUCUUCAUGAGGCUGCAAUUAACGGACACUUGGACGUCUGUCGUAUGUUGGUAAAUUUUGGUCUCUUGGUGGACUGCCACACCACGAGAGGACGUACGCCGCUGAUGUAUGCGGUCAAAGGGAAUUAUGUGGAUUUGGCACGCUACUUUGUUAUCGAAGCGGGUGCUAAUGUGAAUGAACAAAAUGAAAUGGGUGUAACAGCAGUGUAUAUUGCUUGUCAAAACAGACACGAGGAAAUGGUAAAGUUCUUGGUUCAGGAAGCAAAUGCCGAUGUAAAUUUGAGCAAUCGAACAAACCAUGCGCCACUACAUGAAGCAGUUGCAGGUGGAUUUACAGGAAUAGUGGAUUUUAUGCUACGAAAUGGAGCGGACAAAUACGUCGUAGACAAGAUGGGUGUGACGGUGUGGCACGAGGCAGCAGGCAACGGGUCGGCGGAUAUGCUCGAGCUGCUAGUCGAGCAUGACGUGUCGCUCCAUCCAAACGGUCAGGAACAAGUUGACAAGGUAAUGGCACGACAUCCGUUUCAUUAUGCGGCCGUGGAAGGCAAGCCAACGUUUGUGCAAUUGCUGCUGGAGAAAAAGCUUGUAGACGUGAACAUUAUCGACAUCGAUGGCUGUACUGCAGUCUACUAUGCUGCUGCAAAUGGUCACACCGAUGUCUUACAAGUGCUAUUGCACUUUGGUGGAGACCCAAACAUCGUUUCGAUCCGUCGAUCGCCUCUGCAUUGCGCAGUCGAGUGGCAUCGCAUCGAGUGCGUCAAACUUCUACUUGAGCAUGGUGCUGCUCUGGAUGCAACUGAUAAGGACGGUCUUACGCCUACCAAGGUGGCGGUACAAAAGGGGUUUCUCGACCUAGUAGCACUCUUAUAG